UGUUUCGUUUCUAUAUUUGAACUGUGGAACCUACACCUAACAAAUACAAAGGCCAUUGGUGGUGCCUUCCCAUGGCCAUUUAAGUUAUCGAUGCUUGUGCAUUUAUGGAAAUGUAACAAUCGCACUAUCGAUAACUGUUUUGCAACUCUAGCGAAAUGCAGCUGUUGAACGGAACGUUACGUUGUUUUCAAGCGCUUCACGCUGCCAAAUUCAAUCUCAAAUGCCUAGUUCGCCCGUACCCAGCAGCUGCACGAUGCAACCGCUGUGUGGAACAGCACAGCCGUCAUUAUGCGAAUGUGCCUGCCUUGGCUCUGAGCCACGAUCAAUUCGAUGGACCCACACCCGAUGCCAGCCGAUCCCCCCUUAUCACAAUGCACGGCUUGUUUGGCUCCAAGCAGAACUGGCGCAGCGUUAGCAGAGCUCUGGCCAAGCAGACCAAUCGUCGCGUCUAUACGGUGGAUUUGCGUAAUCACGGCGACAGUCCGCACGCGGAUACGCACAACUCGGACGGCAUGACGGCGGAUUUGGUUGCCUUUACGCAGGCCAAUUCGAUACCCAAAGCCUGUCUGAUGGGACACAGCAUGGGCGGACGCGCUGCCAUGCACUUUGCCUUGAAUAAUCCUCAACUAUCGGACCGCUUGAUUGUGGUGGACAUUUCGCCUGUAUCCAUUCCCAGAACAAUUGGCGAAAUGGGAAGCAUUUUUGGUGCCAUGAAGGAUGUUUCGCUGCCCGCCGAUUUAUCAUUGUCAAAGGGCCGUCAGGCUGCCAAGGAGAUGCUCCUGCAGACCGUUGGCCGUGACUCGGUCGAUUUUAUUUUAUUGAAUCUGCGAAAGAGACCACAAACCGGCGAAUUUUACUGGACCUGCAAUGUGGAUGUCCUGCAUAACAGCCUGUCUGGCUUUACCCAUUACGGUGCACAUAUAGCUAAUCUGCCGGCAUUCACGGGACCCACCACCUUUAUCUGUGGCACCCACUCGCCUUAUAUGAAUCCCGACGAUUGGCCCGAGGUGCUGAAAUUCUUUCCCAAUGCCAGCCUGCAUUGGCUGGACACGGGCCAUUUGGUGCAUCUGGAGGAGCCGCACAAGUUCAUCGAGAUAGUCACACAGUUCCUUAACGAGCCUUAACUAAGAAUAAACUUUCUGAAACAAUUUGCCAAAUUAUUAUGUCUACACUAAUCAGAGCGAGAUUGCAAUAGAAUUUAGAACGAAUUCAAAAAAAUAGAAGCGAAAUGAGUUCAAGUUCCGCCUCUCACCCGACAAUGCGAUGUGUCUGGGAUCUUAAUAAAGCAACAACACUUGCACAUUUCAAA